AUGGUGUCCACAAAAUUGCUACUCUUCACUGCCCUACUGACCAUUAUGGCCACUGGUGGAUCGGCACAGGGCUUUCAGGACCUAUUUCUUCAAGCCACAAAUACUGCGUUACAAUCAUUUGAAAACUUUGUUGGAUUUGUAAAAACAGAGUUCUACUCCUUGGUUCCCACGAAGGAGGGAUACCAUUUUAAAUUGGAGGAGCCCAAUGGCAGCAAACGCGAGGAAAUCGGUAUGUUCCUGUAUCCCGGCACGGACAAACAGGAACUGGUGGUGAUGGGUUCCUAUUCGUCGUAUGAUGAAAAGACCGAUACCGAUUCGGUUACUAUGUAUACUGCCGAUAGAAAUGGUAACAAAGCCCGCUACGAAGUUAAGAACCGACGACUGAGUGCUUUGGCGUGCAAGAGUGCCUGCGGCUAA